AUGAAUAAAUCUACUGAAAUUAAUGGAACCAAUAUAAAAAUUCAACCAACUAUAACUCUCCGAAGAGGCAGGAGCAAAGGGAAGAUUAAUAUAACAAAUGAAACACCAACCAACAUAAAUUCUAAAACAAAUAAUGCCAGCACUUCUGAUUUUAAUGGAAAUAAUGUAAAUAAUACAAAUACUCGACCAAUUAUAACCCUUCGAAGGGGCAGGAGCAAAGGAAAGAUUAAUGUAACAAGUGAGACACCUGCCAACAUCAAUUCUGAUAUCAAUUAUGCUGGUACUACUAAUGGAGCCAAUGUAAAUACUACAAAUGCUCAACCUACUAUAACUCUUCGAAGAGGUAGGAGCAAAGGAAAGAUUGAUGCAACAAUAAAUGAAGAGUCAUCAACUUCUUUAAGAAAAAGAAAGGCAACUGAAAAUGAACAUCAACCAAAGCAAAAACGUGGCCGGGGAAGGCCACGAAAAAACAUUCAACCCAUUCAACCUCAACUACAACAAUCAUCAGCACAACAAAAACAUAGUGAGAAUGAUAAGGUUGUGAAAGAUGAAGUCUCUUUUGGGACAAGAGCGCAAACUUUAUUACGGGAACAAGAAGUAUCAACUGGGGAAGAAAACGAGAUUACUCGAAAUUCUAUUAGGGCGAAAUUAUAUUGUUUGGAAGGUCAGGAAUGGAAAGAAAGAGGAGUUGGAAUCCUAAGACUGAAUUAUUCAAGAAAUAAUGAAAAUUCUCCCCGAUUAGUUAUGCGUACCGAAAACGUUUUUAAAGUGAUCUUAAAUGUUGCAUUAUUUCAUGAAAUGCAUGUUGAAAGAGCACAAGAGAAAUUUGUAAGAAUCUCUGCCUUUGAGGAUAAGCUCGUUCAUCUAGCUAUUAAGUUAUAUACCUCCAAUGAAGCUGAUGAAUUAUAUGAAGCCAUAAUGGAUGCAAUCCCUCCAGCUCAAAAUCAACCACUUCCUAUAGUAACUUCAGAAAUGUCAUUUUGA